AUGCCCACGCCCUUCGAGCACGCGUGGCAGCGCUUCGGGACGUCCUGCGUCGGCGCCGGAUGAACAUCCAACGUCGCGUCGAUGGCGUGGAGAUUGACGUGUCGACUCGCCGAGCAUUCGGUCACGCACGCAGGUCGCCGGCCCGGACGGGCAUUUUCAUGGCGUCCUCAAAUGACUUCGUGAAGUCGAAUUGUUGCGUAUUAUGCGACGACCGCCACCACUUCCGAAGCCUGCGCGAGAAGUACGAGCACCUCCGGAGCAAAAAGCAUCUCUUCAACUACCUCGCAUGUAAGUUCCGCGUCGCCAAUGAGACGCCGUCGACGCGUCCCCCGCGCAGACAAGAAGCAUUGCGCCCACCUCAUGAUCGAGAGGCGUCAGCUCGAGCGCGUCGAGGCCGCGGCCGCGUUACGCCGCCACCCCUUCUGGCCGCACGGCGACAGCGCUUCCGCGUCAUUUCUUGACGCCGUCUUGCUCGACUACAUCAUUUGCUUCGGCCAAGUCCGCCGGGACGCCGUCGCGGAGGCCUGGCGCCGCCACGUCCGGAAGGAGCAGAGUUCGUUAAUAGCGCUCGCCGCCGCGCGCACCGGCUCGGGACACCUCGUCGUCGAGCUCGUCAUGCCCUUCGUCGCCGGCCGGCGCCUCGGCGACGCCCCGUUCUACGCGUACUAA